UUUGCUCUCAAAGAUCUCCAUCACAAACAACCAAUAGCAGCAAGUGGUGGCGGUGAAAAAGAAGCUGCUGCAACCGUAUUCCGAUAGACUGGCUCAUGCUAAUCACUCCUUUACGCUCUCUUGGUUCUGGAUUCUUACGUACAAAACCUCUCAUCAGUCUUCGCUGCUACAAUCGUUCAUUGUAUAGAAAUUAUACGCCUUCAUCAAGCAUAAAAAUCAAGUCGACACUACCACCUUUAAGAAGAUUCGCAACAAUGGCUCAAACUCAGACUCAAGGUAAUUUUGACCUUAUCAAAACUGUCAAUUUAGACUAUGCUCCGGGCAUGUCGGUAGAGAAGUGGAAGAGUAGGGUGACAGGAAUGACUGUUUACUGGGCAAAUUUUGAAAGUCCACUUUUGAAUUGUUACUGCACAAUUGCCAGUGAGAUCUUUAAUGACAGUGGUGUUCCGCACACACUAGAACAUCUAAUCUUCUUGGGAUCAGAGCAAUACCCAUACAAAGGAAUGCUAGACACUCUUGCCAAUCGAGCAUUCGCACAAGGCACAAACGCAUGGACAGCUCAAGACCAUACAGCAUAUACACUCACAACCGCAGGUUCAGACGGCUUUUUACGUAUGCUACCAAUUUAUCUCGAUCACGUCUUCCAUCCAACUCUUACAAAAGAAGGUUUCGUGACUGAAGUAUAUCACGUCAACGGAAAAGGUGAAGAUGCUGGUGUUGUGUUCUCCGAGAUGCAAGGUUGCGAAAAUGUUUCGAGCAGUUUGAUGCAAUUGGCUUAUCAGAGAAAAGUAUAUCCAAAUUCGUCCGCAUACAGAAGUGAAACUGGAGGUCUAAUGUCAGCUUUGCGUGUGUUGACUAUUGACGAGAUUAGAAAAUAUCAUCACAAAUACUACGAACCCUACAAUACAGCAUUGGUCGUAUGUGGACCGCUGGAUCGUAAGGUGUUAUUCGACAGCAUUCAGCCUACAGAAGAGAGACUAGUACAACAUGGCAUCAAUGGAGCACCGCAAGGAUGGAAGAGACCGUUCAUGGACACUCCAUCAGCAAAAGUACCACAAAUGAAAGAGCAUCGUACAGCUAUUGUAGUCGACUUUCCCGAACGUGAUGAAAGCAUGGGUGAAGUGAUGAUCUCUUGGAACGGUCCACGGGUGGAUGACUGGGUCACUGCAGAGGCUAUUAGUCUUUUAGGUACAUACUUGACCGAUUCAGCUGUAAGCCCGAUCCAACAAGCUUUCGUCGAAAGGGAAGAUCCUCUAUGCACAGACGUAUACUACUCCACUACAGACAAAGCAGGCGCAUCAACGAUUGAGAUGUACAUGUCUAGUGUUCCUACAGAACAUUUGGAAGCUUUGGACAAGAAAUUGGUCGAUGAAGUACUUACAAAGGUCGCAGAGAAAGGAAUCGAUAUGGAGCGUAUUAAAAUGUUGAUCAAGAGAGAACGUGUCAAACUUCUUAACAUGCUAGAGACGAAACCAGCAGAUGCAUUCAGUGAUGUCAUCAUCAAUGAUUUCCUGUAUGGAAGUCAAGACGGACAAGACUUACAGAAAUCGAUGGACGAGAUGAAACGAUUUGAUAUCCUUGAUUCUUGGAGCUCAGAUCAAUGGAUCAAUCUAUUGAAACAGUAUUUGAUCGCAAAUCAAAGAGUGGUGAUCAGCGGUAAGCCUUCCUCAAAAUUGUCAGACAAUCUAAAAAGCGAGACAAAAGCACUUAUCGAAAAGCGCAAAGAAGAUUUGGGCGAAAAAGGUCUCGAAAAGCUUGCUGAGACUGUCAAAGAAGCACAAAAGGCAAAUGAUGUCCCUAUCCCGAAUGAUGUCUUGACCCAAUUCAAGAUUCCAAAUGUGGACUCAAUCAACUGGAUUGGCGUUGGUAUUGCUACAGAGAAUGGUCCGAAGAAGUCUGGCUAUCGAGAAUCAAACGAGCCAUCUGAUAAGAAAUUAAGGGAGCAUCUGAAGCAGAGCGAGCACGCUUCAUUGCCCUUUGCAGUGCAUUGGGGAGACGUUAGGUCUAACUUUGUCACUUUGACGAUGCUCUUCAAUACUGCUUCUUUGCCUGCAAAAUUGCGUCCUUUGAUGAGCUUAUUUAUGAGCUCAAUCUGGUCUUUGCCUAUCAAAAAGCCUGACGGUACUCAGUUGACGUACGAAGAAGUUGUUAAAGGUUUGGAUGAGGAUACGCUCGAGUAUGAUGCAAACUUGGGCUAUGGAUCUGGAUUUGCUGAGAUGGCAAGUAUGGAGAUCAAAGUCGAACGCAGCAAGUACGAGCAAGGUUUCAACUGGCUAAGAGACAUUAUUUGGUUCUCUGAGCUCUCUUUAGAUCGAAUUCGUGUCAACGGUUCCAAGGUUUCUCAAUCAUUACCUGAGCAAAGACGUGAUGGUAGAAUGAUGUCAUGGGCUUUAGCACGAUCUUUGACCCACUCGGGAGAAUUAUCUACCAAUAUCAACAACUCGAUUCUCAAGCAGAGUGAGGUUAUUCCUGAUGUGGUUAGCCGGCUUUCAUCUGACAAAGAAGCACGGCAAGUGAUCAACGAAUUACAAGAAUUGAGAGAUAUCCUAUUCCAACCCAAGAACAUGAUUGUGGCUGUUGCAGGUGAUAUCGUCAGCUUGCCUUCGCCACACGCACCACUUGUCUCCCUUGCCAAGACUUUGGGAUGGAACGCAAGCGCUACAGAUACAGGAGAGGUGCAAAUUCCAUUCUCUCGAGAUGUUUUGACUCCAUUGGGUCAAUCACCAUCAUCGAAAGGUGUAAUCACUCCUUUAUCCACUAUCGAGAGUUCUUUCGCCGUAUUUUCAGCAAAGGGUAUUGCUGGUUGGAAUGAACCUGAUUCAGCUGCAUUGGCGGUCACCAUUAGCGUAUUGAAUGCUUUGGAGUCCUAUCUCUGGCGUUACAUUCGCGGUGCGGGAUUGGCAUAUGGAGCUUCGAUUCGAUCAGAUAUUGAAGCACAACUGAUCCAUUUCACCUUAUAUCGAUCACCCGAUUCGGCAAAAGCAUUUACUGCAGCUGCUGAUGUGAUUGGUAAAUUGGUGAAAGGAGAGAUUGAGAUGGACGAUACAGUUUUGGAUAGCGCAAAAAGUAGUUUGUGCUUCAGCGUUGCUGAUAGUGAAGGAACCGUUGGACAAGCUGCAAGUGAAGCGUUCUCCGAUACAGUCUUACGUGGAUUACCAAAAGGAAGAGGAAGAUGGUUAUUGGCAGAAGCGAAAAAGGUUACUCAAGAACAAGUUCGAGCUUGUUUGGCAAAGUAUAUUCAACCGAUCUUUGAUCCUAAACGAUCUAUCUGUGCGAUCGCUUGUUCGCCCUCCAACAUUGAUGAAAUGCAAGAAGCACUUCAAAAGAUUGGAUAUGAAAUGGAGAAAAGGGAGCUCAAUUAUGCUGACGAAGACGAUGAGGAAAGUAGCGGUAGUGACUCAGAUGACGAAGGCGAUGAGAGUGAUAGCGACAUGAGCGGCGUCGAAGAAAGCGCCAAGCAGAAGUUGUGAGAACUGCAACACAAAUCAAAACGUUCCUUUUGCAAUCAUGCACAAGAGAGAUGUACAUUGCUUUUAUCGUUCAUGAAUGUAUAUGAUACAAUUGAAAUGAUGAUGAUGAUGAUGCUUUAACAGCUGCUUA